UUUGGAACAGCGCUGUCAUUAAAGUUGAUUCAAACAAACAAUGUGACGUCACAUCACAAUGGCAGCCAGCAGUACGGCCGUGACAGUGCUCGCUCCGAAUGGACGGAGGCAAACUGUAAAAAUCUCCCACAGCACGCCUUUAUUACAGGUUUUGGAUGACGUUUGCAAGAAGCAAGGAUUCUGUCCCGACGACUAUGAUCUCAAGUUCCAGAGAACGGUUUUGGAUCUUUCUCAGCAGUGGCGGUUCGCCAGCCUGCCCAACAAUGCCAAGCUGGAGAUGGUGCCAAGUACCAGGCAGAGAUCUGGCGCGGAGAGCAGGGUGCGGAUCGCUCUGCAUUUGGAGGACGGCUCACGGGUGCAGGACUCCUUCUCCAGUGCUCAGACUCUGUGGGAGCUCAUCAACCACUUCCCCCAGACCAGGGUGCUGGAGCCGCAGCUGUGUGAGGCCACACCCCUCUGCAUCUACAUGAGGGACGAGGUCGCUGGGGUGGAGCCGCUAAAGCAGACCACACUAAAGUCCCUGGGCCUGACCGGGGGGAGCGCUAUCGUCAGGUAUGUUCUAAAAAAGACCAGAUCCCCCGGGGAUGGGGUCUCCAUGGAGACGGCCGCCGGAGCAACGGAAGAAAUCCCAGAAUCCCCCCAGACCUCCUCAGAGUGUGGCCCAACGCCGGAGCCACACCCAGAGCCCCUGGCGUCUGUGGCCCCGCCCCCUCAGAGCCCCGCCCCCUCAGGGCCCUGCCCAGUCAGAGAGGAAGGUGACGGGGACCUGGAGCCCCAGCAGACGGUGCGCCCCAAAACACGGCCGGUACGGAGCCAGCAGGAGGAGGAGGAGGAGCGCCCCGGUCCCAGCGGGACCCGCCCCAGCCAGGACACGCCCCCCGGCCCCAGCAGGACCCGCCCCAGCCAGGACACGCCCCCCGGCCCCAGCAGGACCCGUCCCACCCAGGCCACGCCCCCCAACUUCGUCCCCUUUUCAGGGGGUGGCCAGCGGCUCGGAGGACACCUUGGGCCAGGCCUGGGGAUAAAGGGGGAGGCCUCCCCAAACUACAGCUCCUUACCAGGGGGACCUGUGGGACCCCCCGAAGCCAAGAAACACAAGCCCAGCAGCGAUGCCAAGCGUGCAGACGCCGCCCGGCCCGCAGAGAGGACUGCGGGACACGGGGAGGAGUUUCUGGAGCCUUUGGAAAGGGAGCCCUUGCUGUACCACAUGGAUGCUGUAGCCCAUCGCCGUGACAACAGAGAGGAUCUGCCAGAUGAGUUCUUCGAAGUGACUGUCGACGACAUCAGGAAACGAUUUGCACAGCUCAAGAGUGAAAGGAAGUUGCUGGAGGAGGCUCCACUGAUGACCAAAGCGCUGAGGGAGAGUCGGAUGAGGGAGAAGAUAGAGAGGUACCCCAAGGUGGUGGUGAGGAUCCAGUUUCCAGACAGACAUGUUCUGCAGGGAUUCUUCCGGCCGCUGGAGACAGUUGGCGCUUUGAAGCAGUAUGUGAGAAGUCAUCUAGCGGACCCUCAUCAGUCUUUCUACCUGUUUAUCGCCCCUCCCAAAAGCACCCUUGAUGACCCCACAGUCACGCUGUUUCAGGCUAACCUGUUUCCAGCCGCUCUGAUAUACUUUGGCUCUGAUGUCCAGACAGACUCGUACCUACAGAGGCAGCUGCUUGAGUCCAGUGUGUCCGCUCUACAGGCCGAUGAAGCCAUAGCAGACUGCAUGCCCAGGUCUCCGACCUCAUCAUCUGCCUCGCUGGUUCCGGAAGACUCCUUUCCGCCGCCUGUGGAUUCCCAUGAGCCGGCCAAUCAGCAGGGAUUAGAGGAGCCCCCGCCCCCGCCCCAGCCGGACAGCCAAGCGGCCCCGCCCGUCAGGACGGAUUCCAGCAAGGUGCCCAAGUGGCUCAAACUGCCAGGGAAGAAGUGAAGAGCGAUGCGACACUCUGUCUCCAGUGAGGAGGUCAGAGGUCAGAGUUCAGGGGUCAGGGGGCUGGCAGGGAUAGGGGGAGCUCAGUUGUGAGCCUCAGUGCCGCGCUGCACUUCCGGGUUCCCCGAGGUUUACUUCCUGGUUCAGAGCCGGGGGUGACCUCAGCUCCUCUGUAGAUCUGCUGUGAGUAAGUAGAGAAACCAGCCAAUAAAGAGAGCCUCACAUCAGCA